GACCUGUCUGGAACAAGCUGUCGGGGCCGUUUUCAGCCUCCCUUGUGGUGCGCCAUCUACGGCGCCUAUGGGCAACGCUUCCCAUGUGGCUCAAAUGUUGAUGUUUCAGUUUGACCUCAGUUACUGAACUGCAAAUACCUAGAAUGUAGCAUAACGCCCGUUAGGUGUCUGUUUGCAUGUUGUUAUUUGCGUAUUUACAGCAAUAUCUAGCUAAAUUUUGUAUAGAGAGGACUCACUUCAUCUAUUAUAUCAAAUUGUUGGUGUGGUGGUGUUUCUAUACCCCUAUUUGUUGCAAAAGUUAGUUGAUAUUUGACUAGUGGAUGACUAAUCUGACUACUACGUCAUUGACUAAUCCAGCCGGGUAUAUGUAGCGAUUCAAAGCGCCUUCUAUCUUAUUCCCACCCACCCUCUCUGAUUAUACAUAGUUAUCUGUUGUAGGCUGUGAGUCAGUCAAUAACAGCAUUCUUCCAUUUAGCUGUGGUUUAUCGGACAUCCGAGCAACAUAGAUCUAUCAAAACCGUUCGUUGCAGCUAUACGAAAAUGUCCCACCACGAUCGGGCGGCGUCGACCAUGGGCCCUCCUCCAGCAAAGGCCGCGGACGCCAACACAAUAGCCGACCAUUCAAGUAUAUCAACAGCCAGCUCUCCGGCUUUGACAGACAUCACAAGUGCAUCGUCGACCAACUCGGCGCCUCUUGUAAAACCCGAAAAUGCCUCUAACAAGUCUUUUCCUACUGUUCCUGCGGCGCAACAUGACAGCCCGGAAGAACGUGUGGCUCGAUUCCUAAAAUUCGUGAAGAAUAGUACCCCGGAGGAAAUCUCAGCAAUGGCACGGAAGUGUGGGCUACAAGGCGGCGAACCAAUACCCUUCGACACGGACGAGGACGCCCCCUAUUACACAAAUGAGAAGGACAGUGACAAGCCAAAGGCCUAAGUCAUA